UAUUCGUUUCGUUGGGACGUUUUUCAUAUUUGUUUCCAGCGCUCUUUUAUUGGAUUCAUCUAAUUGUUUAAAUUGAUUAGUAUAAAGUGGAUGAUGGUGGCGUUUUAGAAUUCUAAUUAACCUAAUUAACAAUAACGACAUUUAUAUUUGUUUUUGUUUUAAAACAAUUGUUAUUUGUGGUAUUUGUCCAAAAAAUUCUUUGAAAAAGUGGCGUUGUUUGUGAACGCAUACUAACACAAACGCACACACGCAUCAUUUUACUCAAUAGGAAAAAUGAACCACCAAAGGAAUUGGGGAGAAAAUAUCAACGAAUAUGAAGUCCUGCAUUUAUUGGGAAAAGGAGGAUUUGCUAGUGUGUAUAAAGCACGAUGCCUCAGGAGCAACCAGUAUGUCGCUAUUAAAAUGAUUGACAAAAAACUUAUCCAUGGCGCCGCCAUGGCUGACAGAGUGCGUCAGGAAGUCGAAAUACAUUCACGCUUGAAACAUCCAUCGGUAUUGGAACUGUACACAUUUUUCCAAGACGAGCAUUAUGUGUAUUUGGUGCUUGAGUUGGCACAUAAUGGUGAACUUCAACGUUAUAUGAAGUCGAUAAUGGGCCGCCCAAUGACCGAGGGAGAGGCUGCUGCAAUAUUAAAGCAGGUUGUUGCUGGGCUUCUCUAUCUGCAUUCGCAUAGCAUUAUGCAUCGCGAUAUUUCUUUGUCAAAUCUUCUGCUUUCCAAAGACAUGCACAUCAAGAUAGCUGACUUUGGUUUAGCCACACAACUGAAGCAACCAAACGAACGUCAUGUAACUAUGUGUGGCACUCCGAAUUAUAUUUCUCCUGAAGUAGUUUCACGAUCGUCACACGGUCUUCCUGCCGAUGUUUGGGGUCUUGGAUGUAUGUUUUACACUUUACUUGUUGGACAACCGCCAUUUGAUACUGAUGCAGUGCAGGCCACUUUAAACAGAGUUGUUAUGUCGGACUAUCAAAUUCCAUCGCAUAUAUCUUUUGAUGCUAAAGAUUUAAUCAAACAGCUCCUCAGGAAAAAGCCAGAAGAACGUAUCAGCCUUCAGCAGGUUUUGAAACAUCCAUUUAUGUUACGAUUUAGCAAGGAGACAGUCACAAACACCGAAAACAGAAUGGACAUUGGAAAUAGUACUCGUAGUCAGUUUAGUUGUGACAGUGGUAUUAUCACCUUUUCAUCGAGUAAUGCAUCAAAUUCUUGCCCAUCAUUUCCGAAGUCAAAUGUAACGGAACAACUCCCAUUUGCAAGCCAACCAUCCAACCAGCAUCCUUUAGCCCCGGUGGAUUUUCAGAAUCGAGUGAGUGUAAAAUGCAGCACGAAUGGUAAUGUAGAAAGAAUGAAAACAGAACCGUUUGGGGAAGAAAAUUGGAAUUGGAUUCGACCAAAUUGCCCAACGACAAGAUCCUCUAACAUGCAAGCAAUAUACGGGAUGUCAAUAUCGGACAAUUGCUCGGGCCAGACUUCCCUUCAAGCAAAAAGCUGUGAGCCAGAAAGACCUUUAACAGUGCCACCACUAAACACUACAAGAUUACAACCCACGCGAUAUAAGACAAAAAAUGCAAUAAUGAGUAUUUUAAAAAGAGGAGAAGUUGUUAUAGAGUUCAUCAAGUAUAGAGCAAAGUACAACGCAGAUCGCGUAACUGAUAUAUGUUGGAUAUCGGGAGAUGGGCAAAGCGUAAUGGUUUAUCAACCCGAUUCGGGUCGUGGACUGCCGGUGAGUGAUCGUGCCCCUGAUCCACCGCCUACUUCGUCAAAUUGUAUCUUCUCAUACGACACUUUGCCUGCUAAACACCACAAGAAAUAUGCCUAUGCGGCGCGUUUUGUUAAUCUGGUGAAAAGCAAAACACCCAAGAUUACAUACUACAGUCCUCUUGCAAAAUUCGCUUUGAUGGAGAGUUUGGAAGAUUUUGAAGCCGCAUUUUAUGACGGAUCGAAGGUUACAAAGUCUCCUGGAGAAGGUAUCAAGGUUUUUGAUAAGCAUGGUCGCCAUCUUACACAGGCAGAUGAAACUCAAGCGUUAAUUGAUCACCAGCAGGCUUGCCUCAAUCAUUGUAAGGCAAUAAGCAAGGCUUUGGAGUUGGCAGAGUUGCCUGGAGGUCAUAGUUGUUUUCCCGUCGUUAUAGGCAGGCGGCCGACGUCGGAUUUGCAGGCACAGCACGUAACAACGAACAAACGAGACACCAACAACAUAUUUUCUUCGACGCCAAAAUCCAAUCAAGUGCCCUCGAUUAACUUCUCCUUAAGUGUUAACCCCAAUAUCGAUUUUGAAGGUACCAGUAAAGAAUGUCAACAAGAGUUCAUAGCCUCCCAACCAAAUUUGCCCAUCAAACGAGUCAAUAUUCCUGGAAUAGGCAUGGCCACUGAACUUUCACAUGGUGUUAUCCAAAUCCAAUUUCAAGACCACUCGGUUAUUUCGGUGAUACCAGCGUCACAAGGAGGUGGCAUUACAUAUACACACAGCAGUGGGGUUUCCACACAUUUUGGUCCACAUGACGACCUGCCUUUACAGGUUAGAGAAAAGAUUUUGCACUUACCCACCAUUGACCGGAUGUUGAAGCAAUCUACCGACAGUUUAAGCAGAAACUAUCAACGACCACAUCAUCCUUUAUAUAACGGCAUUGUAACAUCGACACCGUCAACGACCACAAAACAGCACAUGAAGUUUUUUUAGAUAAAAACUUCAAAAUGUGUAAAUUAAAUCUAUGCUUAGAGCACAAAAGACUCAAACAUACAAAACAUUUAUAUUUAGUAAUUACGAGUUUAAAAUGUUUAAAACUACCAUAAACAUAAUUUAGUAAAUGGUCUACGUUACUGAUCGCCGUAGUUAUUUGAGAAUGACUCAAUUUAUAUUUUUGUAUUUAGAACUUAUUAAAUAUAUAUAGUUAUAAUAAUAAAGGGUUUAUUUAUAAAUACAA